AUGCCUGCAACUGAGGCUGACCAUAAAAACGCUACGAGUCGAUCUCCACCACCCAACAAGAAGCAACAGUCCCCAAUUCAGGAUGCUCUCAAGGCCACCAACACCGACAGGGCUUUGCAUGAGACUUCUAUACCAACAGCCCAGCGCCCCACCGAACAAGCCAAACCUGGAGAGGCCUCAAGUCAAGAAAUCGACCGUACCCGCUCAGAGCUGUUGCAGAGGUACAACGAACUGAGGGACAUAGGGCAGCAGCUCAUCGGGAUGAUCGCCGAGCAACGCGGAGUGCCUAUCAGGACUCUAUACGAGUCGGGGGAGUUUGGAGUCGGGCCUGAAGAUUGA